CAGUUGUUUCCCUGAGUGGGACGGGCUUGUCUGUUGGCCCAGAGGGACAGUGGGGAAGAUAUCAGCUGUCCCGUGCCCUCCUUACAUUCACGACUUUAAUCAUAAAGGGGUUGCUUUCCGACACUGUAACCCCAAUGGAACAUGGGAUUUUAUGCACAGCUUAAACACAAGCCGGUCCAAUUACUCAGACUGCCUUCGCAUUCUGCAGUCAGAUAUCAGCAUAGGAAAGAAGGAGUUCUUCGAACGCCUCCAUGUGAUGUACACCGUGGGGUACUCCAUAUCCUUCGGUUCCUUGGCUGGAGCUGUCAUCAUCCUUAGUUACUUCAGGAGAUUGCAUUGCACCCGGAACUAUAUCCACAUGCACUUAUUUGUGUCUUUCAUGCUGAGAGCUGUGAGCAUCUUUGUGAAGGACAGAGUGGUCCAUGGUCAGAUGGGAGUGAAGGAGCUUCAGUCCGUGAUAAGACAGGGCGACCUUCAAAGUUCCAUGGACCUCUCUUCUAUAGACAGAUCACAAUAUACGGGGUGCAAGAUUGUUGUUGUGAUGUUUAUUUACUUCUUGGCCACAAACUACUAUUGGAUCCUGGUGGAAGGUCUCUACCUGCACAGUCUAAUCUUUGUGGCUUUCUUCUCGGACACCAAGUAUCUGUGGGGCUUCACCGUGAUAGGCUGGGGGUUUCCAGCAGCGUUUGCUGCAGCCUGGGCGGUAGCACGAGCAACUCUGGCGGACACAAGGUGCUGGGAGCUUAAUGCUGGAGACAUUAAGUGGAUUUAUCAAGCUCCAAUCCUAGCAGCUAUAGGGCUGAAUUUUAUUAUCUUUCUGAAUACAGUUAGAGUUCUGGCUACCAAAAUUUGGGAGACCAAUGCAGUGGGACGUGACACCAGAAAGCAAUACAGGAAACUCGCCAAAUCCACACUGGUCCUGGUGCUGGUCUUUGGCAUGCACUACAUCGUGUUUGCGUGCCUGCCCCACUCCUACACAGGGCUCUGGUGGGAGAUCCGCAUGCACUGUGAGCUCUUCUUCAACUCCUUCCAGGGCUUCUUUGUGUCCGUCAUCUACUGCUACUGCAACGGGGAGGUGCAGUCCGAGGUGAGGAAGAUGUGGAAUCGGUGGAAUCUGUCCUUGGACUGGAAGGAGGCCCCUCCGUGCGGCAGCCACAGGUAUGGCUCCGUGCUGACCACCGUGACGCACAGCACCAGCAGCCAGUCGCAGGUGGCGGCCAGCACUCGCGUGGUGCUGCUCUCCGGCAAAGUGGCCAAGACGGUCAGCGGACAGACCGAAAGCCACGUGACUUUACCCGGCUUUGUCCGGAGUAACUCGGAGCAGGACUGCCUGCCACCCUCAAUCCACGAGGAGGCCAAGGAAGGCGGUGGGAACCAGGGAGAUGAUACCGCGACCAAGGUGUCUUCCAGGUUGUUGGAAGGUGGCCGGGAUGCUGGAGGACGCAAGGACGAAACGGUGGAUGUUCUCUGAACCACCACCUGUGCUACCUGGGUUCUGAAUGGUCCCGUCCAGCUGGCUGUGUAAAAACAGCUUGGCCCACAUCCCAGUGUGUGAGCCCCCAUCGCUGUUAAAUUCGGAGUCAAAGGGUUAUCACCACAUUUCCAGGUUCUGUAAACGGAUUCCAAUAAAUACUGGAGACACAAAACAGGAGGAAUGGGCGGACUAAUUACCUCACGUUGGCGGCCAGCUCCUCUUUUGAACUCCUGUGUGUGCUCGCUCUGUGACUGUUCUUUUUCCUGCUACAUCUGGGUAGACACGUUUCAAUGCAUUGGAUCUAGCUUGCUUCCACAAGCACAGGCCUCAAUAUGGUAGAGAUAAUUCAAUAUGCAUCGUUUUAACGAACAGUACUCGUUCUCACGUUAAUGUACCAAGAUGGUGGCAAGCCUUCACGUCGACUCAGACUCACAGUGACCCUGUGGGACUGGAUAGAACUGCCCCUGUGGCUUUCUGAGAUUGCAACUCAUACAGGGAGGAUAAAGCCUCAUUGUUUUGCCCCCAGAGUGGCCGGUGGUUUCAAACAGAUAAUCUUGUGGUUCAUGGCUUAACAUGUAAAGCUACGCCACCAGAGGCCCCCCCCAUACAAAGGUGGUUCAUGACCAGGUAACGUUUCGGUUUUUAUACAUCAGAUCACCAUGAACGGGUUGGAGCAGGCUUGAAGGUAACUCUUAGCCGCAAUCUUUGCCUUUCUCUUAUAGGUGCAAAGGAACAGUUAGGGUCUAUAACUAGAACAGUGAAAGAUCUAAGAGGAAAUGUGCCUUGGAAAAUAUGUUGAUUGGCUCUGGAUAAAAAUAAAAUGCAUGACAAUGGAAGCAGUUCUUCCUGGAAACAAAGAAAAUGCCAGAAGAAGAGACUGCUGCUCCUGUCCUUCCUAUUGAAUGUCCGCUCCAUGGCCGGUUCAACCUGCGGCUGUCUUUCUUCCCUCUCUGUGAACUGUGCCACACUUGCAAGGGCUUUUCAAUCGGUGACUUUGUUUAUGAUCAUCUGUAGUGAUCGUAAAUCACAGCGUGUCUGUGCCCCUUUUUCUUCUUGGCUCUAUUCCUAUGUUGUGAAUGGCAUGUGGG